AUACUUUAUAUAAUAGGAUCAAAUCAUGUCUCUCGUUUGCGUUGCCGAUUUUGAGCAAAAGGCCAAGGAGCAGCUGGACCAAAAUGUUCUGGAUUAUUAUAAGAGUGGCGCUGGGGAGCAGAUAACGUGCGGUCUGAACCAUGAGGCGUACAAGAGAUUACGCUUGCGUCCGCGCUGUUUGCGCGAUGUUUCCCGGCUGGACAUCCGCAGCAAGAUUUUGGGUGCGCAGCUCGCUUGGCCCCUGGGCAUUGCGCCCACAGCAAUGCAGCGGCUGGCGCAUUCAGAUGGAGAAAUCGGCACCGCACGCGCCGCUGGUCAGGCUGGCUCCAUCUUCAUUCUGAGCACCUUGUCCACCUGCUCCAUUGAGGAGGUGGCAGAAGCUGCGCCAGAGACUUGCAAAUGGUUUCAGAUCUACAUCUACAGGAAUCGCUCCCUCACCGAGCAGCUGAUAAGGCGCGCCGAGCUGGCGGGCUUCAAGGCGCUCGUCCUGACCGUGGACAUGCCCACCAGUGGCGAUCGUCGCGCGGAUGCACGCAAUCAAUUCAGAUUUCCGUCGCACUUGAGUUUGGCCAAUUUCCAGGAUGAGUUCACACAGAAAUCCGUGAAGUACGCUGGCUCUGGGCUGAAUGCGUACGUGACCAGCCAGUACGAUGCGAGCAUCACGUGGCAGGAUAUCAAGUGGCUGCAGCAGCUCACCCAGCUGCCCAUCGUGCUGAAGGGCAUCCUGACCGCAGAGGAUGCCCGAUUGGCCCGUGAUGCGGGCUGUGCCGGCAUCAUUGUCUCCAAUCAUGGCGGACGACAGCUGGACACUGUGCCGGCCACAAUCGAGGCGCUGCCCGAGAUUGUCGCCGCUGUGGGCAAGGAUUUGGUGGUCAUGCUCGAUGGCGGCAUUAUGCAGGGCAUCGAUAUAUUCAAGGCCCUGGCCCUGGGCGCCCAGGCCGUGUUCAUUGGCCGGCCCGCUCUGUGGGGCCUGGCGGUCAACGGGCAGCGUGGCGUCGAACAGCUCCUGAAGAUCCUGCGACACGACUUUGAGACCACAAUGAAGCUAACCGGCUGCGCCUCACUGAGCCACAUACAGCCCUCAAUGGUGGUGCAUGAAUCCAGCUAUUGGCAACCCGGACGAUUUAAAUAGAUUUU